GCGUGGUCCGAUAAAAAUCAAUGGGUUAAAGUACCAAAUAAUCUCGUAUAUGAUCCAGUGUUUCUCAAUCCUGGUCUAACCGCUCGUGAUCAAUUGCAUCGCAUACCAUUCUCAAUAUUGCCACCACAACCUCCAAGCACGUUUAAUAAUGAUCCAACAAAUUCUAGUGCUUUACAUGGUGUCCAAUACUGGAAAGGUUUUCAUUGUCUCCGUUGUGGUCGAAUUUCUUGUCGUAAUAAAUGGGCUUUUUGGGAGUGUGCGAAUUGCGGGUUAAGACAUGAAGUACCUGAACAACUUCUUGUCCCUUCGAUGUUACGUAACCCAAAUCUUCCUGUGUUAAUUGGGCCUGCGUUCGAUUAUGAUUCGUGUAUUAAAGAUAACAGUGGGAUUAUGAAGACUAGUGAAGUGUCUGCAGAAGGCGCUGUUGUCUGUAAAUAUUACUUUCCUGAAGGUGGUUAUAUUUUACAUCGGAUUGGAAAUAGCUCUAUAAAUAGAAUAUCGGAUCAAUUUUUCGUAAAAUUCCAACGAAAAGAUUUACCGUUUAAAAGGAAUAUUUUAAAAAAAGGCUGUAAUAGAACUCGUCAGUUCACAAUGAAUGUUGGAGCAAAAUAUAAAUUCUCGUUAGAAUGUGACACAUUAAGGUUCGAAGAAACUCCGCAAAUUGUUCAGGAUUGCUAUAAAUAUAUACAUGAAAUGUGUAAUGCAUUUGUCGAUGUUAAAUUUAAUGAAAUGUUAUUAGCGGCAUAUUUAAAUGAUCAGCCGGCUAUAUGGAAGAUAUUACAAUUAUCUUCUUUUGUCAUUCUAAUAGAUGAUGGUGAAAAAGGGGUCGGACCAGUAAUUGGGAAUUUGUCCCUCGGAGCUUCUGCUGAAUUGAAAUUUCGAAGAAAAAAAAGGAAAAUAUCAAAGAAUAAAGAUUGCACGGAUGAUUUCUCUGUUGGGACAAGUGACUAUUCUAAUUCAAACAAAAAAGUCACCGAAGAAAGAUUGCCACUACCAUAUACGAUUCUUACGUCAUCAUCACCAUAUAUGCCAAUUGACGCGCUGGAGUUGGGCCUAAAAUCACGUGGAACAGGCCCAGAGUUGAUCCUGAAGAUCCAUCACGGUGAUUUGCUGAUGAUGGUUGGACAUGAAAUUCAACGAAAUUAUGAACACGCCCUAUUUCCAGAAGGGUUUAGGAUCUCAGCGACA